AUGGCUCGCCACGUGAGUGCUGUUCGUGAAAAUGUUCCUCUUGUGGUCCGCAGUAGCAGUGCGAGCAACCUCGCUGUCGACGUGAUAGAUAAGGAUGAAGUUCGAAAGUGGAAAGAGAAAUGUGGCACGAUGUUCCGUGAAUUGAAUGCAAUGAGAUCCGGCUAUCAACGUGCCCAAGAAGAGCGGCGUGAACUCAAAAUUCAAUUGGCAAUGUUGCGUGGUGAACUGGAGAUGACACGAUGUCAGAGCGAGAGAGAUGCUGAUACCUCCAUGGAUUCAUCUGUAUACUUCUCGCCACAUACAACUCGCAGCAGAAGCUACCAUACUCCAAGUGAUCUUCGAAGGGAAUCACGGAGUAGCGUGAUCGUUCAUCAGAAUCCGGCACCAUUCGAUCGUGGCUCUACUCGUGAGAGCGUCGUCUGCCGUAUUACCGCUGCAAAACCUCAAAGUAUUGAACGAGGACGUUCUCGAAGCGAACAACGAAGGAGGGUUACUUCGUCAAAGACAGACUUCGAGGCCAAAGCACGACGGCGGAGUGCUAGAACGAAUGCACCUCCGUCGUUAUCCUCUUCGAUAACCUCGUUACCUGGCAAUAAUUUGGCCGAGAAAGUUACUCCCUUGCCAAGGCACUUUAUGACUCAAUCUUGGCAUGAAGCCAGCCAGCCGCUUAACGUGUUCUUCGUCAAGCCGAAGCUCGAUGUCCCGCAACCUGUGGAGAAUCGUCGCGAGUCACGUGUGGUAUCACUGCGAGAACGUGUCGGGCAAUUAUCUCGGGAGAAUCGUACACUCCACGAGCAGCUCGCCGCCGCAAAUGCAACGAUCGCUAGAAGUAGAGCAACUACUUCUAAAACGAUUGAUGUAGAACGCUUGAACAGGCUUGAACAAGAGAAAGACGCGUUACGUGGGAAAAUAGAAUUAUUGUUGGCUAAAAUUGAUCAGGACUCCUCCAAUGCCUGUUGCGCUCUGUCAGAUCUCAAUGCUAGAUUGGAGUUGAGCCGUCAGGAAAACGCAAUCUAUGAAAAGAAGACUCUAGCGCAUAUGAGAGGAAAGAAAGGUCAGGAAGCUGCCACAAUGGAUAUGAAAGAGGUCGCACAAAUAGAUCAGAUGACUCAAGACCGUGUUGUGCUUCGGUUUCUUCAUGACGCAUUUUAUUAUUACCUAUUAAAUAAAGGGGAUGCGAAAGGAGCAUCUACAGGCAAUCAUGACCAUGUUGGAUUUCAGUGCGGAGCAAAAAGAUGA